ACCGAUAUAUUAGCCCCAGCAGUUCAGGCGACUGGAACACAAAGUUUCAGGAUUAUGCCAGUAGUUGUGCCCCCUGGGCACGAACCGGUUUCCCGAGAGAUUACGAAGGUACAUGCUUGGACUCUCCAUCAUUUCCCCUUUUGCACAAGUGGCAGGUCAGGACCCUAACAGACUCCCAGUCAUCUCGCGCCUCGCGACAGUGUGCGACGACUACCCGCCCGGCUCCACGGCACCGCCUCUGGUUUUCACUACCGUCGGCACUCGUACUGGAAACGGUUUUGGGUUUCCUUCGGCAACACGGACUUCUUCGACAACCAGUUCUGUUAGUACGACCAGCGAGGCUGCUGCUGCGAACGCGAGUACGUCCAGCUCGACGGCUCUCGCUGCUCGGGGAGUGGCAGUCCCUGGGGCCUUGGCCUGGUUUGCAAACUUGGGGUCCUUUAUCCUCUCGCUUUUCAUCUUGCUCUAAGCGCUACCGAGUAAACUACUAUGGCAUGUUGAGGUGGUGGGCAAUCAAGGGCAGGUUGUGUCGUGCCGACGAGGUUAGUCAUGCACAAAUAACGGGUAAUGGUGGACAUUUUGGGAUGGCUUCUUGUAUAGCAUAGGUUUGAUAUCUGUUUUCGCCCACUAGAGUC